CGGUAACCGUGUCACCAGUAACGAAAGUUUCGUUCGUGACAUCGUAUACAUGAAUUUAUCGUAAUAGAAUAUUUUAUUUUAUUUAUAGUAAUAAAAUAUAAAACAAUUAUAAUUAAAUUCGAUCCUUAAAGAAAAAUUGUUGAUCUGUCAGUGCCUUGAACAGCGUAUUAUUUAAGGUUAUAUAUGCGGCGUGCAUAAGAAAUGUUUGCAUUAGGUUGCACGUAAGUCAAAAGGAUAUAAUCGUGUUUUUAACGUUGAAAAUAACACGUUAAAAAGUUGUUCCUUUUUUCUAUGUAAAAUUUUAAUACAUUAAAUUGCUACAAUGGGAACAAAUUUAAGAAGAAAAAUUGAAAAGAAUGAUGUUAUCGAAGAAGGUGUCACGGAACACAAUCAUAUUCAUGACAAAGCUGAUAUACGUGGUGAUGAAAAAAAUAUAGCAAUACUUUUCUUUCUAUAUCUAUUACAAGGUAUACCUCUCGGUUUAUGCGGCUCCAUUCCUAUGUUAUUGCAAAACCGAGGUGUAUCUUAUAGGCAGCAGGCGGAAUACAGUUUUGUACAUUGGCCCUUUUCGUUAAAACUAUUUUGGGCACCAAUAGUAGAUUCUGUGUUUUAUGAAAAAUUUGGACGCAGGAAAACAUGGUUAAUUCCUACCCAAUAUAUGAUGGGUAUGUUUAUGCUAGUACUAUCCGGUCAUGUUGAUCAUUGGUUGGGUAAAGAACAUGAAAAACCAAAUAUUGAAAUGCUGACUGCAUUAUUUUUUGCUUUGAACGUACUUGCUGCUACACAGGAUAUUGUAGUAGACGGUUGGGCUCUUACAAUGCUUAAAAGAUGUAAUGUAGCAUAUGCGUCAACGUGUAACAGUGUUGGUCAAACUGCUGGUUACUUCAUAGGCUAUGUUCUUUUUAUGGCAUUGGAAUCAGCUGAAUUUUGCAACGGUUAUUUAAGAUCAGUUCCAUCAAAUGAAGGAAUGUUAACUUUACCUGGAUUUUUAUACUUUUGGGGCUGGAUAUUUAUCAUUACUACAACAUUGAUUGCUCUCUUAAAAGGUGAAAAUAAAGAGAAAGUAGAUAAAGAUGAAGAGUUAAAUACAAAUAUUAAACAUGCAUACAAAUUACUUUGGGAUAUUGUUAAAUUACCGUCAAUAAAAACAACGAUUAUAUUCUUGUUGACAGCAAAGAUUGGUUUUUCUGCCUGCGAUGCUGUAACAGGUUUAAAAUUAGUAGAAGCUGGUAUACCUAAAGAAAAGUUUGCAUUAAUGGCAGUACCUAUGACUCCGCUACAAAUAUUUUUACCAUUAGCUAUUUCUAAAUAUACUGUUGGUCCAAGACCUAUGGACAUAUAUAUAAAAGCUAUGCCCUAUAGACUUGCUUUUGGAUUAAUUGCAGCAUGUUUAGUAUGGGUUACACCAUAUGUUAUAAAUAAUGGACAAGUUCCAAUGUAUUAUUUUAUUAUAUUAAUUGUUCUUUAUCUUAUACAUCAGGUAUCUGCAAGUUGCAUGUUUGUAGCAUCUAUGGCAUUCUUUGCAAAAGUCAGUGAUCCCGCUGUAGGAGGUACUUACAUGACAUUAUUAAAUACUUUAUGUAAUCUUGGUGCAAACUGGCCUGCAACAGCAGCUCUUUGGUUUGUUGAUCCUUUAACACUUAGACAAUGUAGUACAGAUGCUUCCAAUGAUUGUAGCACACUUGCGGAAAAAGAGUUAUGUACAAAUACUGAUGGUGGUACUUGCAUUAUGCAACUUGAUGGUUAUUACAUAGAAAGUUUACUUUGCUUAAUAAUAGGAUUCUCUUGGCUCAGGUGGGGUAAACGAAAAAUAGACUUUUUACAAAGUAGACCAAUAUCAGCUUGGAAAAUUAGUCUAACUCGGCAAAAUAGAUAACAUAAUGUAUCAGUGCUAUAAUUCAUUAAUCCCGUACCUGUAAUUAUUAGAAAAUAACUUGAUGACUUGAUGCGUAUAUAUCUACCACACGUGGUAUAUGUGCAUUCGUUACAUUUUGCACAUUCAUGAAGUGUUCCAAUUUUAUUAACUGGUAACUGAAUGUAAAAAACUUUUCAUUAAUUUGUUUAACAGUUAAAUACAUGAUUAUGUAUACUUGUAUAAAUUUAUUAUAUAUUUUUACAUCAAUGAAAUGAAACCAUAUAGCACAAUAUGAAUGAGGUGAUUUAGUAUUAUAGAAAACACAUAAAACAUUGCCCUCACACAUAAUUUAAAGCACAAUAAGUUGCUUGUGUUGAAUUAUCAACAUUCCUUUGAUAGAUCAAUGUUCCGUAAGAUUUACAAUAAUAUAAAAGACUUUAAUUUUGUUAUGGCAAUUAUGUAAUGGAAAUAAAUAAUGAUCAUUAAAA